AUGGAGGCAAACAUGGACCCUGGGAAUGGAAAGGAGGAGACUGGGGAGGUCAAUGUGGAUUGGUUUGGAAUUCUCAGCAAGUAUUACGGUGGAAAAGGAUAUUGGUCAAUCCAGAGUAAGAAUAAUCAACUGGCACAGAGCGGACUUCAACGGGGCAAGAACGGAGCUGGGCCGGAUGGACUGGAGCAUGGCUGGACAAGGAGAGAUGCUUUGGGCACAGUCAAGGAAGUCCUAGGUACAAGUUAUGUGGACCACACAAUGUUAAUUUGCUGCAGUGGGAACAACGUACAAAUGUCCUUUGAGGAAGCUUCAGAGAAGAAAAGCAACCGUAUAAUACGGCAGAAACGAGAUAUCAUUUCCCAGGGAGAGCAGGUAACUUUUACCUAUUUUUCAGUUCCUAAUAGAGGUAACAGUCGUGAUUUGAUCUGUCGAACUUGGGGCCAGUACAACUAUGAAACAUUUGAUGGACUUUACUAUUACUACCCUGGAAACUGCACAUACACACUAGUGAGGGAGUGUGAGCAAAGUCAGCAGAGCUUCUCAAUUCAGGUACACAAUGACCCAACAUGUCAAUCUUCUCCAUAUUCUUGUCAGCGAUCGGUCAGUUUAUUCUUUACAUAUGAAGGGGAAAUUAUUCUACAAAGCUAUGAAGUCAUCCACCAUGGGCAAAGUGUUCAGCUGCCAUACAUUAUUGGAAACCUAAAGUUUGAACAAAUAGCUGGAUAUAUACUGGUUCGACAUCACCAUGGAUUUUCUAUGGCAUGGGAUGGUAGCUCAGGAGUCUACAUUAAGAUGAAUGUGGAUUAUGUUGGAAAAAUAUGUGGACUAUGUGGCAACUUUAAUGGAAAUAUGCAUGAUGACUUAUACACUAGUUAUGGUUUGUUAACAGAAGACAUAGCUAUUUUUGGUAACAGUUGGGGAGAAGAUAUGCCAGAUAAGAAACCUUGCCUUGUGAUUCCUGUCAACUACCCAGCACCAUGUUCUGGACAAAGUCAAAGAGAAAUUGAAAAAAUAAGAAAGACAUGCACAGUGCUUCUUGGAUAUCCAUUUAGCCUCUGCCAUUAUUAUGUUCAACCUUAUCCAUAUAUGGCCAGCUGUGUGAAUGAUCUCUGCAUGUAUGGACCUGAUAAUACAACAUUUUGUGGAGUGCUGACCGAGUAUGCCAGAGCUUGUGCACAAGCGAAUCGACCACUACAUGAAUGGAGACAGCUAUUCAACCAAUGUGUGGCAAUUUGUGAAGGUGAAUUUGUCCACCAUGAAUGUGUAGAUUGUUGUCCCCUGUCAUGUGGCCUAGAGCAGGAGUGCGUUGACAGUGAUUUUCAGUGUCUUGAUGGAUGCUAUUGCCCUAAAGGUUUAAUUCACGAAAAUGGAACCUGUCUGAACCCCACUGAGUGUCCUUGUAUGUUUCAAGGUAUUCCCUAUACAUCAGGCUCUGUAAUUCAGGAGCAAUGCAGCUACUGUAUUUGCAUAGGUGGCAUUUGGAACUGUACAGAGAAUAAUUGUUCAGCGGAGUGCUCAGUAACUGGAGAUAUUCACUUCAAGACAUUUGAUGAGCGGGUGUAUACCUUCCAUGCUACAUGCCAAUAUAUUCUGGCAAAGAGCCGCAACUCUGGAAAGUUUACCAUCAGCCUCCAAAAUUCUCAAUGUGGCACAAAUCUAAAUGGUGCCUGUGUUCAGUCAGUGAGUCUGGUUGUUGAUGAAGAUAUGAAGAAACAGGUGACUUUGACUCGUUCAGGAGAGGCCUACCAUUGUAAUCAGUACCGGAUCAGUUUGCCUUAUACAGAUGAUUUGUUUGAAGUCACUGAGCUUAGCUCUAUGUUUGUACAAAUUAAGACAGACUUUGGAGUGCGUUUGCAGUAUGACAGAGAGGGGAGGCGGCUCUAUGUCCAGGUGGAUGCGAGAUGGAAAGAGGACACCAUUGGACUCUGCGGAACCUUCAAUGACAAUAUUCAGGAUGAUUUCUUAUCCCCAGGAGGAAUGAUUGAAAGCACACCACAGCUGUUUGCCAAUUCCUGGAGAAUUUCCACAGCAUGUAAUCCAGGCACCAACAUUCCUGAGGUAGAUCCAUGUGACAUACAUCAGCAGUCUGCCUCAUAUGCUACAGAGAAGUGUAGCAUUAUUAGUGGAUAUCUGUUUGCAUCAUGCCAUCAGUAUUUGAGCCCUGAACUGUAUCAACAACAAUGCAAGACAGACACCUGCAAGUGUGGAGAAACAUGUAUGUGCUCUGCUGUGGCCCACUAUGCUCGACAAUGUAGAAGCUAUGGCAUUUUCAUAGACUUCAGAGCCAAUGUCUUAGAGUGUGAUUCUCAUUGUGGUCCUGACCAAAUAUACUUUAACUGCAGUGCUCCUGUGAGUGGCUUUGAGACGAAUGUAGGAGCAGGGUGUAGAGAUACCUGUGAAAAUCUACUGUUAAAUAUUUCAUGCCCGAAAUCCAUGCCAUGUCUGUCAGGAUGUUUUUGCCCAUCUGGCCUUGUGAAGCAUGAAGAUGAGUGCUUUAAGCCCAAUGAAUGUCCCUGUUUGUGGAAGGGAAAGGAGUAUUUUCCUGGUGACAAGGUAAAAUCACCCUGUUAUACCUGUGUUUGCCAGCAGGGGUCCUUCCAGUGCACAUUCCAAGCCUGUCCUUCAAUGUGUACAGCGUACGGAGAUCGCCAUUACAAGACUUUUGAUGGAGUUCUUUAUGAUUUUAUUAGUGCUUGCAAGGUUUACCUGGUUAAGAGCCUUGGGACGUUAAGUCUGUCUAUCAUUGCUGAAAAUAUUGACUGCUAUGGGAGUGGCAUCAUUUGUCGGAAAGCUCUGUUUAUCUCAGUUGGUCAUACUUCCUUGGUGUUUGAUGAUGACAGUGGGGACAUGAGUCCCUCCAGUGUCACAGACAUGCAGCAGAUUGUACACAUAUGGAAAGCGGGUAUUUUUACUGUGAUACAUUUCCCUGCUGAAGAAAUUACUAUACUAUGGGACCGAAGGACGUCAACACAUGUGCAGGUUGGACCUAAAUGGCAGGGUAAACUCUCUGGGCUAUGUGGAAAUUUUGACAUGAAAACUGGCAACGAAAUGAGGACCCCAGGUCACAUGGAAUCACCAAACCCACAAGAGUUUGGGAAUAGCUGGACAGUUGUGGAGUGUACAAACAGCCCUGAUAUCCGUAAUCCAUGCAAUGUGAACCCACUCCGGGAGCCGUUUGCCAAGAAGGAAUGUGGAAUAUUAUUGUCCGAGGUUUUUGAGCCCUGCCACCCAGUGGUUGAUGUCACCUGGUUUUAUUCCAACUGCUUGACAGAUACAUGUGCCUGUAACCGUGGUGGAGACUGUGAGUGUUUCUGCACCAGCGUAUUAGCAUAUGCUCAUGUGUGUUGUCAACAUGAAAUUGCAAUUGAUUGGAGAACCCCCACAAUCUGCCCUUAUGAUUGUGAAUAUUACAACAAAGUGUUGGGAAAGGGUCCUUACUCAUUGGUCAGUUACUUGGAUGGCAACACAGUGGUGGCAGCCAAUUUGUCAAGUGGGGCUGUUUUUCCAGCCACAAGAGAAAUUUCCAUGCCAGGAAUAUUGACACUUUUUAUGCUGACUCCAGGGCUGUACGCACCUAAGCCAUAUGAUGUAUCGUUAGUUUCCUUGGAAGUGGCCGACAAACCAAAUUACUUCCUUCGGACCAGAUUUGAUGGAGCCCUGCACCUUGAUAAAUGGGAAUACAACAAAACUUUUCAAAAAGAAGCAACAUUUAUAUUCCACAAAGAUGCAUGGAUUUUAGGAUAUGAUGCCUUUGAGUCUUACAUAAGGCCAGGAUUCUUUGUUCGUCAAAUGGGUUCCUCGCUCCACCUGAUGCAAUACAAUCAUUCAGAGGGUUUCAGACAUGCUACUCUCUUCCAGCUUGCUUAUGCAAAGAUAUUGUCUCCAGCUCAUUCUACCUGUGAGUGGCAAUAUGAGACUUGCACCAACCCCUGCAUCCGAACCUGCAGAGAUCCCACAGGCAAGAUUUGUCAAACUCUACCAAGUGUGGAAGGCUGUGUACCUCGUUGCCCAUUCAAUAUGGUGUUUGAUGAAGAUACACAAAGAUGUGUUUAUCCAGAGGACUGCAUUAGGCGAGCAGUUUAUGCUCAGCCUUCUAAGCCCACAAGCUCACCGGCAUCACCUGGAAUAUCCAUUUCCCCAGCCUUAAAUGCUUCAGUCAAAUCAUUGACUUUUAGCACAACACCUACCUUAAGCCCAUACAGAAGUUCUCCAAUAGCAGCAACUGGUGCAAAGACCACUGCUUCCAUUCCAACAAUAGAUACACCUAGAGUGACCCAUCUGUUGACAAUUCCAAUAGUGGUGACUACAAGCACUUCAUCACCUCCAUCACUGACAGGAACAACCACCUCUGUACAAAAGAUAUCAGCAACACCACCUACCAUAGAACAAGCUUUGUUAUCAUAUGUCACAAAAAGCAGUACAUCACCUGCUUCUGCAUUUGUAGUCUCUUCAGCAAGAGGAGUAACCACCUUAACAACACCUUUGCCUGAACAGCCAACAUUAGCAGAAACUAUAAGUACAAUUGAAUUACCAACAGAGUCUCGUUUCCUGUCCACUUCAGUUGAAACAAAGCCUACCACCACUACAAUAAUGCCUUCAACAACUAUUACAGGAAUAUUGUCAACAACACCUGAAAUCGGAUCAAAAUGGCUAACUACAAAUGAGACAGUUUCUUUUAAAACAGAACCACUACCAGGGAAGACUUCCUCUUCCACAACUGUAACGUAUCCGUCAAUAGAAACAAAGUCAAUGACACAAAAAAUAUUUAUAUUUCCAACUUCAAAAGUAACCACAUCAUAUCCUGCUUCAAAAGAAAUAGAAUCAACUAUGCUUCCUACCUUCACCAAGACAACCAUAAAAACUACAAGAUCUAGUUAUCCAGUCGCUACAGUGUAUCCCUUCUCUGCUGGAACAGUGUCCUUGACAACUGAAAAGACCAAAUCAUCAAUGCCAGCACUUUCAACAGGGGUCUUUAAAACAUCAGUAUCAACAGAGGCAACACAGCAUCCAUCAACUGUAAAACUUACAACAACUUCUUCUGCAAUAUUAGUUCCAAUAACAGAAAGAAAUGAAACAACCACACCAACUACCACACAACCCAUUUCAACAGAAAGGACUGCAGCUUAUCCACUGAGUUCAAGAACACUAUCAACAACAAUUCCACCUAUGACCUAUCCAGCUUUCACUACAUUAUAUGCAGCCUCAAAAGAAGCAACCCCGACAUCAGCUGCUGAAGUUUCUUUAACAUCAUCUGCUACAAUGUACGCAGAAACACCUGUCAAAACAUCAACGUCUGUAAUAUAUCCAUUUCCAACUAAAACAAUCACAUCAUUUUCUGUACAUUCAUAUCCAUCAUUAUCUACAAAAGGACCAGAAACAAGUGCAACUGCAAAAAUAUUCAAAACUGUUUCAACUCCACAGAGCACAGUAAUGACCUCCAGUUCAACAACAGAACCAUAUGUAACAAGUAAAUCAACUUCUCUACAACCAACUAUUACACACAAAUCUACAUUCAGUACUUCCACAGCUGCUCAAAGCACAACUCUAUUGGAAACUUCAUCUGUUGAAACAAGUAGAUCACCAACCACAUCAAUUCCAACUUCCAUAAAAGUAUCCCCCAUUUCUGUUUCAACACCUAAAACAACCACUGCAUCUAAAAUAACUCAACUUUGGACAACUACAAUUUUACCUACAUUGAUUACAACAAAUAUAAUCUCAGUAACACCCCAGCCAACAAUUGCUUCAGGGCUGACAUCCAAAAUGACAGCCGUUCCACAUGCAAAAAAUGCAACCUUGUCUGUUACGUCACUUUCAGCGACAUCAACUACACCUACUUCCGUACACAGCACCACUGAAAAGGUAAAAUCUACCGUGGUUGAAGUAGGUGCAAUUCGUCCUACAGUUGUUCUGUCUACAGCACCAUUAACAACAGAAACAUCAACAGCUCCAGUGAAUGAAACAUCUGUUAUAGGAUUAUUUGUUACAACAUCAGGAGUUACCAGGCCAACUACAGCACCUACAAUAACUUCAAUUGGAACUGAAAGUGUUACAGGAAAAACAGUAUCACCUCAGCAGCUCACAAGUACCACAAAACAAGUAUUUGUAAGUUUGAAUGGAACUGUUGCCACUGAAAGGAAAGAAACCUCAGUCAAAUCAGUUCCUUCAACAAAACAACCAUCAGUUACCACUACCUCAGAAUUGCUUCCAUACACAUUACAUACUUCACCCAAUGUCACCUCAUCUACAAUUAUUGCUCCUCAUACAUUAGAAUCUGUAGAAGGCCCAACAGUAUUCUCAGCAACUGCUUAUACAACAGCUUUGACCAUCCCACCAACCAGUCAAUGUGUGAUUCCCUUCCCCCAGGAUUUAGAUGAAUGCAUCAAACAAAUGUGUGUGGAAGGACAAAUAAUCCAAGUAAAUAGAUCACAUGACUGUCCCUACAUUAUGACUCCACCUAGUUGUGAACUCCUAGGAUUUGCUGUACAAGUGAACGGUGACAAAUGCUGUCCACAGUGGGAAUGCCCAUGUCGGUGUUCCAUUCUUGCUAAUCUACACGUAAUUACUUUCGAUGGAAGUGGCUUUGGCAUUUCUGGAGCUGCUUCAUACGUUAUUACUUCACUGGCAAAUGAAACCAUUACUGUAGGGAUCAGUGAAUGUCUCAGCAGCCAGAUGACCACAGUGAUCCAGCCCCAAGUGAACUCCAGCAUUCUAUGUCUGACAAAGCUUAACAUAACUCAUGGAUCAAACUAUGUCAUUAUUGAUCGACAGUUAAGAAGGCUGAACAUUAAUUCAAGGUUUGGCUACACUCCAUUCCGAAGAUAUGAUUUUGAAAUCAUAGAUACUGGGAGCAUGUACACAAUCCUGACACCAGUUGGUAUAAACAUACAGUGGUUUCACAGUACAGGAGUUAUGGUCAUCGACGCAGGCACACCCAAUAAAAAACUAGCUUCUACGGGGCUGUGUGGCUACUGCGAUGGAAACCCCAUAAAUGACCUUAUCUUGAAAAAUGGCACAAUUCUUAAAAAAGAUGAUGACCCAGUGACCUUCAUUCAGGGCUGGACAGUAGCCAGCACAGAGACUGGUAUAAAGCUGACCCGACGCCUAGAGGUUAACUGUUCUACAAGCAACUGCUCCGAAUGUUUCAGAAUGCUUCAGAGUGAAACUUUUGCCCUCUGUCAUACACAAGUUUCUCCAGAAAUCUUUUGUGAGCUCUGGAUCCGUGACUCAUUAUUUGUGAACAACCAUUGUUCUGCUCUGGCUGCAUAUGUGGCUCUUUGUAACAAGUUUAACAUUUGCGUUGAGUGGAGGAAGCCAGACUAUUGCUCCUUUACAUGUCCUGCUAACAUGAUAUACCAGGCUUGUGUACUGACCUGUGAAGCGAAGACCUGCCAAAACAGAGUGUUUUUUCCAUCUGAGGAUGCAUCAUGCUCCAUCCUGAGUGAGGGCUGUGUUUGUCCAGAAGGAACCAUCCUCCAUCGUCUUGACUCCACCUUGUGUAUACCUGAGGAGAAAUGUGCUUGCACUGACACUUGGGGACUACCUCAUGCUGCUGGUGAAACAUGGAAUGCCUCACUGGAUGGAUGCUGCAUGUACCAGUGUCUGGAGAAUGGGACCAUUGUUACUGUUGACCACAACUGCUCUGCUGUCCUGGAACCAAUCUGUCGCCGUUCUGGGGAAAUAGUAGUUAGUCUAGCUAGCGAUAAGAGCUGCUGCCCUAACAAAAUAUGUGCUUGCAAUCAAACAGUCUGUGAGAGUUUUGCUCCUCAGUGUGCAUAUGGAGAAAGGCUCAUUACCCAUCACAAACCAGACUCCUGCUGUCCUGAUUAUUUUUGUGAAUGUGAUCCAAAAAAGUGUGAGUCUGAUAUUCCAACUUGUCGAGAGGACCAAACUUUGAUUGCUACCCGCGCAGAUGGCAGUUGUUGCUUAGCAUACAUUUGUAUGUGUGGUGCUUGCGCUGAGAAAAUUCCCACCUGCCAGAAAGGAGAAAUCCUUACCGUUGACAACAAUACCACUGAGAUGUGUUGUCCAGCCUACCAAUGUGUUUGUGAAAUCAUUCGUUGUCCGAUGUUUCAAUGUCCUUCAGGAAUGAAAGGAGUUCAGGCAUGGAGUCCAGAUCUGUGUUGCCCAUUUCAUUCUUGCGAAUGUGCUUGUGACACAGUUCCUAAACCUCAGUGCAAACUGGGAGAGGUGUUAGAUAUAGAGCAGCAGCAUGGAAAUAUCACAGCCAACCCAUGUGGAUGUCCAGAGUAUAAAUGCGGAAAGGAUCCUCCAGGGAAGAGUAAUCCUGACAUGGCAGAAUUUCACAUUGGUUUUGAGGGUGAGGAACUUGGGUCUGAAAAGAGUGACUUAAACUUCAUUAAUGACCACUACAAAAUAAAUGACCAAGUCUGUAUCAAUGGGGAGAGAGGUAUAUUGCACCCUGGACAGACCAUUGUGGAGCAUAAAGCAGAUGGGAUGUGUUACACUACACAAUGUACAUACAAUCAAGACAACAAAACUGGCUUCUACCAAACCCUUGUCAGAAUGGUCAACUGCUCAGCUCAAUGUGAAAUGAACCAGGUUUAUAUUCCUCCUCCUGAUCUGACAACGUGUUGUGGCUAUUGCAAGAAUGUAUCCUGCCUAGCUAACUUGAAGAAUGAAACUACAACUUUGCAUAAGCCUGGAACAUCUUGGUUGUCCAACUGUGUCAGGUAUGAUUGCACAGACACAGUUUCAGGGCCUGUCUUGAUCACCUCAGAUAUUAGCUGUCCUCCUUUCAAUGAAACUGCAUGCUUAAAGACUGGAGGAUCAGUUAUAGCCUACAUGGACGGUUGCUGUAAAAGCUGUAAAGAGGACGUGAAGUCAUGUCAGAAGGUGGUGGUGAGAAUGACCAUACGAAAGAAUGAUUGCAGAAGCAAUAGGCCUGUAAAUAUAGUCUCAUGCGAUGGAAAAUGCCCCUCAGCCAGUAUCUACAAUUACAGCAUUAAUACACAUGCCAGAUUCUGUAAGUGCUGCAGGGAAAUUGGGCUGCAAAAACGCACAGUGCAGCUUUACUGUAGCAGCAACGCUACCUGGGUCAAUUAUUCCAUCCAAGAACCCACAGACUGUUCCUGCCAGUGGUCCUAG